CAUAACCAAAGUCACUCAUUCAUUUUUCUUAUAUACCCAAAUGUCUAUCUACGAAUACGCGCUUGAUUCACCAAGCGGAGUAUCCCCGAUGAGCUGCAUAGCCGAGACAAAGUCUUCAGACAUUUUGCCACACACCUGCUUCCGUAGCGCACAAUGGUCCCCCGACGGCACUUCCAUAGCGACGAGCUCUGACGACAACACACUCCGCAUAUACUCGCUGUCAGAAACCGACCUCUCGCUUCAGACACAAAUACCACACGGUGAGACACUCACCGCCCAUGCCUGGUACCCGUACAUGAGCCAAAGCGACCCAGCCACCUGCUGUAUAGCCACGGCCACACGCGACCAGCCGAUCCAUCUGCGCGACACGAAUACUGGGAGAGUGCGUGCAAGCUACACAGCUUACGACCCUCAUGAGAAGCUCAUGACCGCCGGCGCUAUGCAGUUUGGAGCAGACGGCAGGGGGAUAUUUGGCGGAUACCGGGGAUAUGUUGCAAAAUUUGACCUGCAAAGGUCAGGGCUUCCCGUCGACCAGGCGGCCAUGACGCCUUCAAGGCGCAGCAAGGAUGGGGUCAAGGGUAUAGUGUCUUGCCUUGACGCUGCUGGGCCAUCAGGGCUGCUCGCCUGCGGAACGUUUUCGGGUUACCUUGGGUUGCGGUCGCAGUGCAAUCUGGCAGAUUCGCAGUGGGCAUGGGUGUUCCCGACUGAGUACGGUGGCCGCGCGGGGGUUGGCCACAUGAGGUGGUCACCGAAUGGGCGCGUUUUGUGGGCGGAGUCGCGCGGCGCAGCAAGACACAUUGUGGCAUGGGAUAUCAGAGAUAUGCGCGGUCCACUGGCAGUUAUUCCCAAGCCAGCCGGGCCAGCAAUGCGUGGAGUGGCGGCGCAACAACGGAUGCAGUUUGACUUUGACAUGGGCGGUCGCUUCCUUGUAACUGGCGAGUGCAAUGGGCAAGUUACUUUUCAUGAUACGUGGAAUUUAGAUGCUGCGCCGGUGGUACGGGUCGUGGCUCAUGAUGAUUUAGUCUCUGGGGUCAGUUCGCACCCGUAUUACCCGAUGCUGGCCACUGCCUCGGGCCAGCGCCAUUUCGAUAAUGACAGCGAGUCGUCGCCGCUGCCGCUGCUGUCAAUCGACAAUAGCUUGAAAGUGUGGUCUGUUGCCGCGUCGUAUUGUCCUUAUGAAGAGGAUAAUGACAACGGCGGCGAUGCUGCUGUUGAAAAAUAAGACAUGAUGCACAAUCAUGCACAAUAAAAAAACGAAAACCCUGAUUUUUCUGUCGCAUCCCCCACCUAGUUUCCUGUUUCUGGAAGAAAAGUAAAAAUCAAUGAGGUGGAAAGGGUGUAUUUGCAUUUCCGUUUUAACUCUCUAUUUCUUUGCUUUCCAA